UCCGGGCUCUUUACAGUCGUGAGUGCCAAACUUCUGUGGAAGAGCGCACCGAGGUAACGCCGAGGAUCCCCGCGACAAUGUGACACAUUCGGGCGAACCGCCGACCAAAUACCAACCUCUCCUUUCUGAGCGCGGAGAAGCGCAUCCAUCAGCCGCCAUGGCUCCCGCCGAGCGCGCUUUACGCGCGGCCGUUUUGGCGCUGACGCUUUGCGCGCAGGCCGCUUUUGGCUUCUCGGUCCCCGCCGGACAGCAGGAAAGCACCUGCGACGCCAACGGCAGCGUGUACUUCGUGGGGGAAUGGUAUUUUCUGGACUCCGACCACUGCACCCAGUGCGAAUGCACCACCGGGGGCUCUGCGUGUUCCCGCACAGAGUGCACCUCUCUCCCGGCCGCGUGCAUCCACGUGAGCCACUACCCCACCGACUGCUGCCCCCGGUGCGAAAAGAUCGGUUGUGAGUACCGAGGAGUGGUGUACGAGCUGGAGCAAAACUUCCAGCCAUCAGAAUGCGAGCAGUGUACCUGCGACAGUGACGGCAUCGCCCGCUGUCUGGUGGCAGAUUGCGCCCCUCCACCCUGCGUCAACCCCGUCUACCAGCCUGGGAAAUGCUGCCCCGAAUGCAGGGACGGUCCCAACUGCUACGUGGAUGCGUCACGCGACCGGGUGAUUCCCGCCGGAGAGCCAGUCUGGGUCGACUCCUGCACCAAGUGCCGUUGUCACGAUGGUCAGGACGCCGGCUACUGGGAGGGAAACCGCCUCGCCACCUGUUCCCGCCUUAAGAACUGCACUCCAGAGGCGUCCUCCAGCAAGAAGAACUGAGAACCAGCUGUUGCCCUGAUGUAUUCGGUCCCUGGUGGCUGAUCAAGUGCACUCCUUCCAUCUCCCGAGAACGCGCUGAACCCUGCUGUGCAGCAGAGAGCGGGACGACGUGCAACUUCAAAAUUCAUGUUUUUGGCCAACCGAACUGAACGAGAACCAAGUAGAGCAACCGUUCCACCAGGGAUUAUUUCAUCUUCUGUGAUACUAGUGAGACUUACUUUAGUGGAAAAGGCCAAUAGGCCGUGGGCUGCAUAUUACAAACACAGUCCAAACCCAAGGCGACGUUACGGGCCGGUGACGCGUCCGGUCCUCUGCUUUUCACUGGGACUCCUUUGGGGAUUUUUACUUUCAGAUCCUCUCAAAGAGUUUUACUUUAAAAAGCUUAUUUUAUGUAAGAUAAGCAAUUUGAAUACUAAUCAAUGUUUUUGUUCGGUCAUGUAGACGGCCUCUGGAUCAAUAGAAUCUUGUUUAAUUUACUUUAUUUUCUGGCCCACGGCGCAUAUUCCCACAUGUUAUUAGGUUUGAUCAACCUGGUGGCCAGGUGGGUGGUUGUGGGAAGAUUAACACCCACUAAUACUUUCAUCUGACCUUAUAGAAGUCUUGAUACAACUUAAUACUGCUAUAAAAAGAGGAAUCGUAGUCCUUGGAAACCACUGAAAACAGUGGUUAUGAAGGAAACUGUAUUAAAACUCUGUCCGUCUUUAAAAUAUGGACUGUGAUGAUGUUCGAUUUACAGGGCCUCAAUCAUUAAGCAUAACGUCCGUACUACAGUUACCCGGGUGGCGUAUAUAUAUAUAUUUUUAUCUCAAAGUACCUGCUUUGGGAAACGAUAGGCAACAUGACAAAGCCAAUGGGAUCAUUGGAUGAUGAGGAAUUGUAAUUGACUGGUCCAAACCAGCCAAAUGUACUUUCAACCAGGAAAUGGUUUAGUGACGCAAUUAACAAUUGAUAACUCCUAUAAAUUCUAGACUAAUUGAAAUAUAACUAAUGACGAGGCUAUGGUUCAACACAUGGUUGUACUGUAGUUGCAGGCAAGAGCGAUGUUUUAAAAAGAAAUGUUAUUAUUCCUGCAUGUUCACUGUAGAGAAGGAAGAAUAAUCUGAAGCAUAACUGUUUUUCUCUAGAAACAAUGUGUAGCUUUUCUUAGAAACCGUCUUCCUCGUUAUCAAGUGUACAUUUGUCCUCCGUGUAUAAUGAAAAAUAAGUGCCUUGGUAUUUUCUAUAUGUGUAUCAGCAGAAGAUCCUUGUCCUCUUUUUAUUUUUCAUUAUCUACCACUUUAAUUAUAAGGGACGUUUUGGAUGAAAACCAAAAAUAAUCUUGUCUUGUUACACAUUUCUCUGCGGUGUGUCGACGCCUGUAAUGUCAUUUUUUUUACGUCCCCGACUCCCACGCUGCUGGCUGACUGAACUUCUCCUCAUAUCAGGAGAUAAUGUUUAUGGAUUUACAUUUUCUUGGUGGUAGUAUUCAGAAUAACAUCGUGAAGCUGUUCUUUCAUAAUGCUGCGCACAAUUGAAAGUUUAAAGGAAUAGUUUCGACAUCUCAUGAAUACUUGUUUGCUCGUUCUUGCUGAGAGUUAAAUGAAAAUCUGCACUCUCAUGUCUGUUCAGGGAAUAUGAAGCUGCAGCAGGCAGCAGGUUGGCUCGGCUGGAAACGGCGAGCCGGCCUCUUGUCAACGCUAAUGAAACUAACCAUAUUCACUGCACAGAUGCAGUGGAGAAAAAGCCCAACAUGUUGAACUCAUCUUUUUCAACCACAAAAGGGAACCAAUAUAAAAAUACCCUCAUAAAUCACUCACUGUGGAACGCUGGUAAUGUGGCCCGGUGUCCUUUAACAUAUUCCAAAUUAAAACAUUAAAAAAUGUC